AGUAAGGGUUAGGGGUGUUGAGGGUAAGUCAAUUACUAAUCAAUCUUCAAAACUUCAUUAGUUUAUAUUUCUUGCUAAUUUGAAAUAUUUUGUCAUAAACAUUUAUAUUCCAUGGAAACAAAGACAUUACUAUAAGCAACUUAUAUCAAUGGAACACCAGAUGAAACAUAGAUUUCCUGAUAAUUAUACUUUUAUAUCACAGGAAGCACAAAACCACUUUAGCAGCUAAAUAUUUGAAUGAAUCUAAUUGUUCUACUUUAUCUUAAAGUUUAAGCUACUGACUAAAGGAAUUUCCUUUGUAUUCACAUUGUGCAUUCUCUAGUAUAACAUACUAGCAUUCUUACUGAGUUAUCUGUAUUGUAUUUCAUAUCAAAUAACAAAAAUGUAGAGUAGGUAGGCACCUAGUAAUACGUAUUUAAUAACAAUGCGUAAAACAGACUUAGUCGAACUGUGCAGUGUCUGUGCAGCAAAUAAAAUGGAUUAGCCGAGUUUUUCCACCGCGGGUUUAUUUAAUAUUCACGACCGCUGAUCCAAUUUAAAAAGCCUUUCCGCGCACAUUUCUCGUGGAAACCUGGUAAGUGCGCGAAGCCCGGUAUUGGAUUAGUGAUGCUAGUUGUGCGUUAGUGAAGAUUCGCAGCGUGAUGCAAACGCACGGAAACUUGACCGCGAGCUACUUGUGGCAGCCGGGAGAGUUCGCCCGCCGCAUGCUCGGGGAGCGGCCCUCGCCCGUGCCUCCCACCAGGGAGCUCUGGCCGCCGCCGCAGCACCAAUUGAGCAUCAGCACUCUACAAGUCGCUUACCACCAAGACGACUCGUACUCACGACGAGCUGCCACUCUACCGCCGCAGCCCUAUGUUCCCACUACAGUACCCAUCGAACGCGAACACGGCAGACCUCGCGUGUGCACUGUCGGAACCAACACAGAUCCGCCGCAGACUCUAUUGUCCAAGCUGAGAAACUUAUUCAAAAAACAAGAUGAAGACGUUCCGAUAGGACACCCCCCGCCCGGUCGACUUACGGCAGUUCCAAGAGAAACCGCUUUGGACACGAAAGAAGAAGAGAAUAAGGCGCGUCGAGCAUUAAACGGCAUAAAGAAGGCAAUAUCAGGGGCGAAAUAUCGCAUCGCGCCAGGUACUGAAACCGUGGACAGUCCGAAGAUAGUGUACGAUGCGCCGAAGCCUGGUGACAGGAUGACGACGACGUUUGGAGCGCGCGAGCCGAGGAAGUGGUGCAGGUUGCCCUCGAAAGAGUCUUGUGAGAAGAAGUUGCGCGGCGUGGGCUCAUGGUGCGCGGAGCAGCGGCCGCGCCGCCCGCCCCGCCGGGAGCCGCACGCGCCGUGCCUGCAGAUCACGCAGGUGAUCGCGCUAAUAUGCGGGUUGUUGGUGGUGAUUCUGAUGGUGCUGGGCCUGGCCUCGGCCGACUGGCUGAUGGCGGCGGGGUGGCGGCAGGGGCUGUUCAUGCACUGCAUUGACCCUGAUGCGCCCACGCCGCUGCCUUUCGACAUCACCGCCCAGCCUGGCUGCUAUGCCGCUAGACCGGCGCCUUAUAUCAAGGCAGCGGCGGGUCUGUGCGUGGCGACGCUGGCGGCGGACGUGUGCGGAGCCCUGCUGACGGGGCUGGGGUUGCGAGCCGCCGACCACCGCACCAAGUUCCGGUACUACCGCUUCGCUGUGCUCGCCAUGGCGCUUGCACUGAUGUGCAUCUUAAUAGCGCUAGUUAUUUACCCAGUCUGCUUUGCUGCUGAAUUAAAUCUCGGCAACAGAUCAGUUUGGGAGUUCGGGUGGGCGUACGGCGUGGGGUGGGGCGCCGCCAUAUUCUUGUUCGGAGCCGUCGUACUGCUGUUGUGCGACAAGGAGAGCGAGGAGCUCUACUACAAGGAGCGGAAAUUGUCCCGGCAGGUGGUGUCCGCGGAGGCGAGCGGGCGCCCCUAGGGCCGCGGGCGCCUGCCCGACCUGGUGCCGUGAGCGCGGCCCCACUCCGCGCCCCGCACAGCGCACACUCGCCACGUGGAUCUGACGACGCACACGCGACGCGUGCGCCCCUAGCGCCCUCCCCGACUCACGCCUCGUCUAGCCGCUGUCUGAUCACAGAACCGUAACGUUUUACACAAAUAUACUAUUCGAUACGUCUUGUCAUUACAUACGAUCCAAAAAUGCAGAACUGUGAAGCUCGAAAGUUGACCAAUGGAAAGAUUCGAGGAAAGGGGUUACAUUCAACGGUCAGUUUUUAUUUUCCCCGUUUAGUUUUCUAGACGUUGAUGAGUUUUUAUGACGUUCACAAUUUUCAUUCUGUUUUUAAUUUAUAAAAUAUGUGAACGUAGUAUCCCAAUACAGGGAAACGAACUCUUAACAAAAUAUUUUCGCCUUUCCUCUUCUGAAAAUUUUUUUUUUGAAGUACGAUUUGCAUAAUAAUUGUGAUAUCUCUUCUAGAAUUAAUUAGGCUUUCAUUUGAACAACAUAUUACGAAUCCAACUUUCGGUGUUUUAUGAAAUAAUCUGUUGGAUGUUCCAUUAUUACAUGUUUGUGUCAAAAAUUGUUGCGGAAUUUUGCGGUCGAACAGCAGCUUUUGAUGUAUUUUGAAUUGUUUAAAGACAUGCAGUAGAUGUAAUGUUUUUAAACCAAUUGAGGUACAUGAGGUAGUGAGGAGGCAGUGGAGCGAGGGGCGAAGUAUCGCGGCUGUAGUAGACUGUCAAUCUACUACACUUGCACGGGUAGUGUUUAUAUCGCGUCGUAUUUUGUUAAAAGUUUUUUGUGCUUGCACUGAUCUAAAUCGUAUACCUAAAUUGUGAUUGUAUAGAAUCUCAAAAUUUUCAGCAAUUAUUCAGUGUAAGUUCAAUUACUUUUGUUUUGAUUUCAAUGUGUUUACAUUAUCUGAGUUUCCGCUUUUGUAAAUUUGCGAUUUCGAUAAAGAUUCUGCUCCUUAUAUAAAUUGAUUGUGAUAUUGUACACUCGGUAAUUCAAACAGUGUGACAAAUUAAUAUCUAGCUUUUGAUGUAAUGGGAUAAUUCCUUGGUCAAUCAGAAACCGUUUAGGGAUUGUCUUUGGGGCCAUAUUUCUUGUUUUUAUUUGUUAGUGUUUAAGUUUGAUUGUGUUAGGUCGAGUUAGUGGGCAGCGGUUCUCCGUAGCCCGGCGCGGCGCGCGGCGGACGGGACGCAUUCAGCCGUGGCCGUCUGGCUGACGAACCUCGAAUGUAAUCCGUUCCAAAGAGCGUUAGUAUUUAUUCGCUUUAAUUUAUUUGGUUGGUUAGUUGUUUUAGUUUGGUUGCAUUAUCCGUGGCGCGUGUGCGACGUGGCGUGAGAGCGCGUGUGGCGGCGGCGCGGGCCGGCUCGGGCAGGCGGCCCUCUCGACUGCUACCCAUCGCUCAAAUAUGAAUUAUAUCACUUACUAACCCGCGUUUUGUAUUACGAACUCGUAACUAGUGUUAGUGCACAACUAGUGUAGCAGUGUAAGUGACGGACGCUGCGGCGACUCGGGACUGUGUGAUAACUAACGUAAGCGUUCUUCGUCGUAUGAAAUGCAAUUACUAUGAGAUUAACGGGCUAUGACUACUGAGAUAUUUAAAGGAAUUAAACUGAUCAAAGUUACCUUUUAGUACGGUAUACUUGCUGCUGUGUAAAAUCUAUUUUAUUAAUAAUUAUAUUAUACAUGAUUAUUAUUGCCUGUGUAUACAGAUUGACGCGAUGGUGCGGAUUGUAGCACAUGUUCGUGGUGAUAAUGUCUUGAAUCUCAUUCCAGUUUGUUUAGCAAAUACGAAAGAUUUAUAAAAGCUUUUUUGGAAUUGAAAAUGAGUGGUUAUUUUAAAACAAACAUGAUAUUUUCUUAAUAUAUUUAUGUAAAAGUAAUGUUUAAACCAUUUUAUUAUCAGAUGUAAUGUAAUGAAUGAAGAUUGUUAUAAUUCAGUGUAACAGUAAUACUUGUACAUGUCAUGUAAGUGUAAUCUUAAUGUUACAUGUUUAAGAUAAUUUAAGAACAUUGUUGGUAUGGUAUCUCAUAACGAUAUUUUAGUUUAUUGACUAAGUACUAAUUUGUUAUGGAUAGGGUAGUUGCCUAGGUCUAAAUACUUCAAAAUAUGCGAAUUACGAAGUAGGUACAAGUUUAAUAGGAGUUAAUGAAAAUCGUUUUCUUCUACUUUCAUUUAAAAAAAAUAAUAGUAGUAGUGUUUACGAUUUUUGGUUAUGAUAAUUAACUAACAUUGAGUUCUGUAUUGGCGCCGGUUCUGACAGACAAAAUUAAUUUUAAUUUGCCUGUUCCACAGCUAAUUCUCUCUUUCUUGCUUUCUUAAGUAAGUAAAGGACAGCAGUAUUUUAAAACGAUCAAAUUAAAUUAAAAUUUGUUUGCCAGAAUCAGCGCCAUUCUUUUUAAUUUUGACGUUUAGUACCUAUCUCACUUGACUCAUCAUCAUAAUAUGUAUUGUCCAAACCGUAUCUGGCGCCGGCGACUCCUAAAUAUCUACUCCGGGUCGUUGUUGUGAGCUCUGAUGUGGCUAGCGAAACCGAACUUCGACUUGAAGUUCCGGUCACAUGGAGCACAAUAAAGCUGGCCUGGCGAAUUGAGUAUGCAGUUGUAGGGUUCACUUGACUUAGUUGGCAACUACCCUAUACUAAAAUUCAUUCCCUCUGUCCUUUGAAUGAACUUUUGGUUGUUAUGGCUUUAACUAUAUAUUAUAGCACUUAUUAUUUAUAUCUAUAAACCUAAUUUUGUGAUAAUUGGAAUGACCAGGCAACUAUAUGUAUAGUUAAGUGCUCUUUCAGUGCUGGAAACUUGUAGUUCUUCUAAGAAAUAUUAUGAUCCUGUCAAUUCCAUGUUUAAUAUUGCAUUUGUGGUAUAUAUUUUGUAUAUAUUUUUUUAAUUUAGUACCUUAAUAAGCUUUACUUGUUUAGGCCGCUCAUUGUUUCCUAGUCCAGCCAUAUUCAAUGCUAUUGUGUGAAAGAUUAUAAAGCUGAAAACAUGUGAAAUGAGCGAUUGUGGAUCGAGUAUGACUGUACUAGAACAAGAUAGCGGUUCGAUGACGUCACUUUUUUAUAAUAAAUUGGUUCGACACCUGCGUAAUUAAAUCACACUGCCAUGUAAGUAGAGUCAACGUGUAUUUUAUUCGUCGGAGUAAUUUUUUGAUUAUAAUAACGAUAUAAAUUAUUGUAUUUACUGUAAGUGUACAUUUUACAUAGAGAAGGUAACCCCCGUAUUAAUUAAUAGUUAUAACGAGUGACAUUUAGCUACUUAUUUUUAUGCACACGGUACUCGAGCAAUUUGUCAUGUGCUAGUCAAGAAUUGGUUGUCAUUGCCUAUUCAAAUAGUAGGAUGUCUUUUAAAAGUAUAGGUACAUAAACUGAGCCGGCUAAUUAUUUAUUGCUCAUCCCAAUAACGGGCGUGAGAUUAUGUUUGUGCCAUUAAUUGCUAAUCAAAUGUUAAAUUGUAAUCGUAAUUAGUUGCAGUAAUAGUUACAGAUAUUCAGAAAUUUAAGAGAUUAAGUUUGUGACAUCAAAUUAUCGUGCUGAAUAAGCUUGUUACAUUUCUUCCCAAUUCGUCAACUUCAGGUUCGCCGUAUUACGAACUUUUGGGUGCCAGUUAUUUAAUACAUAGCACUGAUUAUGUUUAUCAUCCCAGUAUAUACUAGAUCGCGACUUGCAAUGACUAUACUAUGGUAUAAUGUCGAGUUCGGAUUGACGUCGAAUCUGAAGACGAUUUCGAAACGGAACUAUUUAGGAAAUGAAAAACGUUAGUUCACGUAUGUACUUAUCAAAAAGCGAAUUUCUGUUCCAUUUAAUAAUUAACCUUGUGAGUUGUUUCUUGCAAUAAACAUAAGUGUCAACUUUAACAAGCCUCAAUCAAAGGAAUUGAUCCAUUAUUGCCCAUCCGAGGAACGUAUGUUAAGUUGCAAAUCAUGCAAAUGACGUAGUCUGAUAAAAUACAUUAAUUUGUGAAUUUCAAUUUAGAUAUUGCUCGAGUACAAACAAUAAAAUGUCCAUUUUCUUAGCCAAAUUAUGAGUCAUAUCAUGAGAAUGAAUAAAUUACCUAGUGAAA